AUUCACUGGUAAUAUAAUUCUUUGAGUUGGGUUGGGUAGAUGGGUCCACUCCAAGAAGAAGUAUUUCUAUUUCCACUUGCUUUUUUCUUUUCAGGGUUCAGAUUGAAUUUUGUAUUGCUUGUUUACCAACCAAAUUCCAUGAUCAUUUCAGUGUUUACUCUAAAGGAAAGACUAAAUUUCUUUUAAUUCGUACUACAAAAGUCUAGGGGUUCUCUCCUUCCUCAAUUUGACUCAUUUUUCUUUUUAGGUAAUUGAAGUUGAGAGAUUUGGUCUCUGCUUAAUUUUCUUCAUAUCAAUCCUUCUAUAUCAGGCAUUCUAUCUUUGAAUCUAGUAGCCGUUUCUUUAUCAAAGAGACAAAGGUCAACUUAUCCAGCUAUUUAGUUGGGAGCUGGAUACCAGUAAUCUGGAAAUGGGAAGACAGGCUUUACCGUAUAUCUAAUUUAAAUAACAGGAGGUACCUAGCGUCUUAAAAGGAUUUUGCAACAAUUGUGCGACACUUCUUAAGGAGUUUUCAGGAAAGUAGAAUCUUGUUGGAUUGUUUUUAGGUGUUGCAAAGGUGUGGCAGCUGAUGGGCAUCUAAAUCCGAUUAUUUAUGCUACAGAGAUCUUUUCUGAAAUACAUCGGGUUAGGGAGAUACCAUGUCUUUAUUUAGGUCUGCUGAUCAGUCUGGCACGACAUAUGAAUAUGUGCUUAAGAGUGGAAACUCUGGUCUUUCCAAUCCAAUAUUCAGCUCAGAUAAACAAAAGUUCAAAUACAGACCUGAGUUUUAUAGUGAAGAUCGUUACUUUUCCGAAUCCCCAUCAGAAAGUUGUCCUGCCUCUCGGGUUGAGUUUCUUCCAUCCAGGGUUCCAGCAACUACAUUACACCCACAUGAAUUAUCUUCCUAUAAGCUGCUGUCUUCCUCUAGCACUUCUGCUGCUGAAUCGAAGUCUUUUAACUCAUCAUCUGCAACCGUGCAUUCUAAUCCCUACCAAUCUUAUCCCGUAGUAGAGUACUUGGAUGGACAGAGCUCUGACUUUGCAAUGAUUGAUUAUGACGAAGAUGUGGUUAGGUUGAAACUUCAAGAAUUGGAAAGAGAGCUCUUGGAUGACAUUGAUGGUGACGAUGAUGAUUUUGGUAUUGACCCAAGCAUGGAUUUUGAUAGUGAAUGGGGUGACUCCUUCGCAAAUAUCGUGCUCCCAACUUCACCUAAGGAAUCCUCAUCAUCUGACUCUAACAUUAGCAGCAUCAGCAACAAUAAAGAUACACAGGAAUUGCAUAUUGCACCCAGCCCGGGUUUAUGUAGUCCUAUAACUCCUAAGCAGCUACUUCUCAAAUGUGCUGCUGCAAUUUCAGAACACAACAUGAAAGAAGCGGCGGCAAUUAUAUCUGACCUUCGGCAAAUGGUGUCAAUCCAAGGGGAUCCUUCCGAAAGAAUUGCAGCCUACAUGGUAGAAGGGCUUGCUGCACGUAUGGCUACAUCUGGACAAGCACUUUAUAGGGCGCUGAAAUGCAAAGUGCCUCCCAGUUCUGAUCGCCUAUCAGCCAUGCAAAUCCUUUUUGAGGUCUGCCCAUGUUUUAAGUUUGGGUUCAUGGCUGCCAAUGGUGCGAUUGAAGAAGCAGUCAAGGAUGAAGACAGUGUCCACAUUAUUGAUUUUGAUAUAAACCAAGGGAGCCAAUACAUGCAACUGAUACAAACUCUAGCAUCUCGUCCUGGUAAGCCACCACGAAUAAGGCUAACUGGAGUUGAUGACCCUGAAUCAGUUCAACGUACAGUUGGUGGCCUGGAGAUCAUCGGGCAGCUACUUGAAAACUUCGCUGAAUCAGUCGGAAUCUCAUUUGAGUUUCUGCCUUUAGCUGCCAAGACUAGUGAAGUUACCCCAGGUAUGUUACGCUGCCAACCCAAGGAAGCCUUGAUCGUGAACUUCGCUUUCCAGCUUCAUCACAUGCCAGACGAGAGUGUUUCGACAGUAAACCAGAGGGACCAGCUGCUUCGCAUGGUUAAGGGUUUGGGUCCAAAGCUGGUGACUGUAGUCGAGCAAAAUGUCAAUACUAACACAGCUCCGUUCUAUCCAAGAUUUGUCGAGGCCUACACUUACUACUUGGCUGUCUUUGAAUCUCUUGAUGCUACACUGGCGAGGAAUAGCCCAGACAGGAUGAAUGUUGAAAAGCAGUGUCUAGCUAGAGAUAUAGUUAACAUUAUUGCUUGUGAGGGUGAAGAGAGGAUAGAGCGGUACGAAGUGGCAGGAAAAUGGAGGGCAAGGAUGAAAAUGGCAGGCUUUGUGUCUUGCCCAUUGAGUACACAUGUGGAUUCUACAAUCAAAGUAAGUCUUAAGCAAUACUGUGAUAGGUUUAACGCAAAACAAGAGCAGGGUGCACUUAAUUUUGGGUGGGAGAGCAAAUCCUUGGUUGUUGCUUCAGCGUGGAAGUAGCGAGGUUUUACUAGCCAUGUAUUUGUAAUCUUUUACAGGUUCUCCCUUGUUAUUGUUUUUACAUAGUCAGAGCCGUCUUAUUUGUAAUAUAGUGGUUGAUAGUCGUACUAUCUAGUUGUAAUCGAAUGUCGUUCGUUUUGUAAGUACAACAUACUGCUUUCAAUCCUAUUUAGUCAUAUACUUUUGUACACGUUAUGACAUUAUAAUUCACUGUAUUAAGCGAUUGCGUUCAAA